AUGGGGAACGGCUCGAUGAAAUCGAAGCGUUACAAACACACGGACGGCUCCGCCGCUGUGGCUUCCAACAGCCGAGCCCACAAAGAAAACGCCGGCGGCUUCAAGAACUCGUCCCUGGACUCCCUGAGGGCCCGAGUGGACGAGCUGGAGCGAGAAGGCAAGAGGAGGGAUGAGGAGCUUUGUGCCAAAGAGCAGCAGAUCAAAGGUCUGCAGGAGCAGCUGGCCAAACAGACGCGAGCGCUGGCCGAGCUGAGCGAGGAGCUGCAGAACAAGUGCAUCCAGCUCAACAAGCUGCAGGACGUGAUGAGGAACCAGAGCGGAGCCUCUGCAGGUCUGCCAUCGAGGCCCCCCUCCAUCAAAACCAGCGGCAAGAGCAGCCCCAACCUCAGCGUUCGCAUCAAGGAAACCCUCAACAGGAGGAAAGGGGCCAAAGCCGGGGUGUCGGCCGAGCCCACAUCCAGGACCUACGACUCCAGCGGCCUGCCAAAGUUCUCGUUCGAGAAGGCCCGGGUACCGAAGGAUGCAAGUGUGAAGAAGCUGCUGACAGACGCCCUGAACAAGAACCAGUACCUGAAGAGGCUGGAGCUGCAGCAGAUCAAAGACAUGGUGGAGUGUAUGUAUGAGCGCACCUACCAGCAGGGAGAGUACGUCAUCAAGCAGGGAGAGCCUGGGAACCAUCUGUUCGUCCUGGCAGAUGGGAAGCUGGAUGUGUUUCAACAUAACAAACUGCUCACAUCGAUAACGGUGUGGACCACGUUUGGAGAAUUAGCCAUUCUGUACAACUGCACGCGGACUGCAUCGGUGCGAGCGGUGAACAAAGUGAGGACGUGGGCUUUGGACCGGGAGGUGUUUCAGAACAUCAUGAGGAGGACGGCUGAGACGCGACAUGAGCAAUACCGCAACUUUCUCCGAAGUGUUUCACUCUUGGCUAAUCUACCAGAAGACAAGCUCAGCAAAAUAGUGGACUGCCUCGAGGUGGAAUACUAUGACAAAGGAGAGUACGUCAUCCGGGAGGGAGAGGAGGGCAGCACCUUCUACAUCAUCGCACAGGGAAAGGUGAAGGUGACCCAGACCACCGAGGCCCACAAGGUGCCGCAGACCAUCAACACGCUGCAGAAGGGAGACUACUUUGGAGAGAAAGCACUCAUAAGUGACGACGUCCGGUCAGCGAACAUCAUCGCGGAGGAGAACGGGGUGGAGUGCCUCGUCAUCGACAGAGAGACAUUUGAUCAGACAGUGGGCACCUUCAAUGAGCUGCAGAAGUACCUCCAAGGCUACGUGGCAACACUUGAUCGUGAUGACAAGAAGAGACAUGCCAGGAAGUCUGUGUCGCGCCACCAGAGCCAGCCACUAUCGGCAGAUGUCAUCCAGCUGAAGGACAUGGUGUCAGUGUUCCCUCCGUCCAGGCCCUUCGACCACCUUGAGGUCAUCGCUACGCUCGGGGUCGGUGGCUUUGGACGAGUAGAACUGGUGAAGGUGCAGGACAAGGACAUCACCUUCGCUCUAAAGGUCAUCAAGAAGAAGCACGUCGUGGACAACAGGCAGGAGGAGCACAUCCACUCGGAGAGGAAGAUCCUGGCGGAGGCUCGCUCGCCUUUCGUCGUCAAACUGUAUCGCACGUUUAAGGAUAACAAGUAUGUGUACAUGCUGCUGGAGGCCUGUCUGGGUGGAGAGAUCUGGAGCCUGCUCAGGGACAGGGGGAGCUUUGACGAGCCCACUGCCAAAUUCUGCGUCGGAUGCGUCACAGAAGCUUUCGAUUACCUCCAUCGCAAGGGCGUCCUCUACAGAGACCUGAAGCCUGAGAAUCUCAUGCUGGAUACUGAGGGAUACAUCAAACUGGUUGACUUCGGCUUUGCCAAGAAGAUCAGAUGUGGCCAAAAGACCUGGACCUUCUGCGGGACACCAGAGUAUGUGGCCCCUGAGAUCAUCCUCAACAAAGGCCACAACUUCAGCGUGGACUUCUGGUCUCUGGGCAUCCUGGUGUUUGAGCUCCUUACUGGCAGUCCUCCGUUCUCAGGGAGUGACCAGAUGAUGACGUACACUUUCAUCUUGAAAGGCAUUGAGAAGAUGGACUUCCCCAAGAAGGUCAGCAAGAGACCUGAGGACCUCAUACGCAAGCUAUGCAGGCGAAAUCCCUCAGAGCGACUGGGCAACCUCAAAAAUGGAAUAACUGAUAUCAAGAAGCACAGGUGGUUUAACGGCUUCAACUGGGAGGGACUGAAGGCGAGAACUUUACCAUCUCCACUGAAAAGAGAACUUACAGGGCCGACAGAUCACAGCUAUUUUGACAGCUACCCUCCAGAUGAGGACAGUCCUCCUGAUGAGCUGUCUGGCUGGGACAUGGACUUCUGA